GAAUUCCACUUUUUUUCCUUAGUGAUAUUUGUUUUUGUUGUUGUUGCCAUUCGGGGAACCCACCUUUAUUUAUCAUUUCUAGAAAUCUGGCUAAGGGAUCCCAUGAGCCUUCACCUUUAUUUAUAAUUAUCCAUUUCCUCCUUGUUACCUGUUAGUUUUACCUGUCAUGUCUAUUUCCGACCUUAAGGCAAAGGAAAUUUUCCACCAAUUUGCUUCUGUCAAUCCUGAUACCAGGGAAGAAUACUUAUCCUUGCCUCAGUUUACUACCAUCUUAUCACCUUUUCCUACUGAUGUCCCAAAACAGUCAUUCUCCAUCUUGUAUCUUAUAGCUGAUGCCAAUAAGAAAGGUUAUGUUACCGAGGGUGAUUUUGUUAAGUUCAUUUCCACAUUAAACGAUGUUGAUGGAGAGUUCAAAUUGAUUUACAAGUUAUUCUCCAACGAUACCAGCUCAAUUGAGUAUAAUGAUUGUUUAUCAAUGUUGAAUAAAUUGAAUCAAGCCAUUGAUCCUGCCUACCAGCAGAAAAAGUUCAAAAUCAACUGGGCCUAUUUCAGCAAGUUCUUUGAACCCUCUGGGAAAAUCGCCUAUCCUGAGUUCAUUACUUUAAUCAAUAAUUUACCCUUCACUAAGUUGAUAGGGUCUUUUGAGUUGAUGGUGAAAAAUGGAACUAUCACCACUAACGAUUUGAUUCUGUUGUUGACGCAGAACUUGAAUCACAAAUUAUCUUCUAAUUUGAAGAAUAAUUUGGGAAAUUUACCCGAGUUUUUUAAGAAGGAUACUUUUACCUUCGCAGACGUUAUGUUCAUUUACAAUUGUUUGAGUAAAAUUGAUUUGAUUAAUGAAGUCAUUGCGAACACUCCCGCCAACAGCUCUAAUGAAAAGAACGAUAUCUUGAUCAACAAAAGGGAUUUGUACACUCAUUUGAAAGAUCCCUUGUUAAAGUCUUCAAACUUCAAACCCGUGGCGAUGAAUGAGUUGGACUUGUUAUUUUACUUGAUCAACCAACAUGAAGAAACUGUUACCAGAAAGGACUUGAUCAACUUCUUGAACCCCAACUACGCCAACAACAUAAAAACAUUGUACUCGAUUUUUGAGCACCCUGCUUCGAUUCCUGUACAAAAAGACAACUUUUCAUUAUUGCCAAUCUUUGAUUCAUUGUAUUCCUUCUUUUUAGGCUCAAUUGCUGGAUGUAUUGGUGCCACUGUCGUUUAUCCUAUUGACUUGGUAAAGACAAGAAUGCAAGCCCAAAAGCAUAAAGCGUUAUACGAUAAUUCUAUUGAUUGUUUUAAGAAAAUCAUUAAGAAUGAAGGAUUCAAAGGGUUAUAUUCUGGUUUAGCUGCCCAAUUGGUUGGUGUCGCUCCAGAAAAAGCUAUUAAGUUGACCGUCAAUGAUUUAAUUAGAGGUAUUGGUACUGAUGAAAAGGGCAAAAUUACCAUGCCAUGGGAAGUCUUGGCUGGUUCUUCUGCUGGUGCUUGUCAAGUUAUUUUCACCAAUCCAUUAGAGAUCGUUAAGAUUAGAUUGCAAAUGCAGGGUGGCCAAAGAAAUAAGGUGUUAAAGCCUGGUGAAAUCCCUCACAAACAGUUAACUGCUGGUCAAAUCAUAAAACAAUUAGGGGUGAAGGGGUUAUACAAAGGUGCCUCUGCCUGUCUUUUAAGGGAUGUUCCUUUCUCAGCUAUUUAUUUCCCAACUUAUGCGAAUAUUAAAAAGCAUAUCUUCAACUUUGACCCUGAAGAUGUCAACAAGAAACAAAAUUUGAAUACUUUUGAGUUGUUAAUCAGUGGUGCUAUGGCCGGUGCUCCUGCUGCAUUUUUCACUACUCCUGCCGAUGUCAUUAAAACAAGAUUGCAAAUGGAAAGAAAGUCUAAUGAGGUUAAAUAUAGUGGAAUUACCCAUGCUUUCAGAGUUAUUUUGAAAGAAGAGGGAUUAUCUGCAUUUUUCAAAGGUUCAUUGGCCAGAGUUUUUAGAUCAUCUCCGCAAUUUGGUUUCACUUUGGCCUCCUAUGAGCUUUUACAAAGAAUGUUCCCUUUGAACCCCCCGAACACGAAGUCAUCUAACUUCAAGACUAUCACAGGAUACCCAGGCAUCUAUAAUCUUACCAAUGAGCAAGUCUAUAACAACCAAACUGGAAGAAUUAUGUAUAUAAACCAAGGAAACUUGAUGAAAUCAAACGGCUUGAUUAAUGAGAAUAAUGAGGACUACAAUAAUGUUUUAGUCAAAAUCCCAACUGAUUACGUCUACAAAUCACAAGAUGCCAUUAAAAUUUUAUUGGAUAUUGACUAUAAAUUUGGUAACUUCAACUAUCAGAGUUACUUGAGUUUUGUCGGUAAGUGAUUCAGAUGAUUUUGAUUCCUGUAUUACUUAAAUUAAAUGUAUAAAUUAUAAGAAGCAAGUUUUGCAUCUUUUUUUGUAUAUGAAUCUCAAAUUUACGAACUGCCACUUUGGGUAAACAUUUGUAGGCAGAUUUGCCUAAGCCGUUAAACCUGGUAAAAAUUAAAGUAAUUGGAAUUAUCGGAGUUCUUAAAGUUUAUCAAUAGAACAUUUUCACCCAAUCUAAUUAGACCAUUGAUUUUUUGGUUCAUAUUUUCCAAUGUAACUCUAGCAAAAUUCAAAUUGUUUAAGUUAACAAUAAACAAACUAUCAUUUGACUGGUUCAAAAUCACAUUAUUCUUAAUGGUAACCAAAGAGAAUUGAUUAAUCAAAUUACUGCUCAACAACUCAAAGCUAUUUAUGGCUUCAAAACCUUCUGUGUCCAAUGAAAAGUUUACGUUUUCGAUCCUCUUGUACGAUAUCAAAACAAUUUUGAAAACGUUUAGUACCUUGAAAACUUUAAAGUUUUUGAUCAACUCACCGAUCAGAUAUAUUGAUCUCAGAUUUGUUUGUAGGUUUAGUAUGAUUAACCUUUUGAAGCUACUGAUGAAUAAAUAUUCAUUCACUUUAUCGAUUUUGUUGAUUUUUUCCAACUUGAUUGAUCUUUCAAAUUUAAACUUUAUGAUGUCCUGAUAAAAUUGUAGUUCCUUUGUAUCUUCAUUAUACUGGAAUUUUAUCAAAUAAACAAUCCCCAGAUUCGUUCCCAAAAUCAAGUAAUUAUCGAUGAACUGUGAAAAUGUUAUAAAGAAACGUUUGAAAUUCUUCAAAUGCCGUAACC